GGAACCGCUGAGCGGGCCGGCGGCCAUUUUGUGAAGCGGCGAAGGAGGUGGUGACUGCUGUGGGCUCCGGGAAGCCAUUCGGGCUGGGGCUGUCGGCCGCGGGGCGGAGGCACUCGCGCGGGGGGUAACUCGGGUCUGGGUUCGGGUGCCGCGCAACUCUCCCGGUCUAAAAGUUGGUUUUAAUUGGUUGCCCACAGGAUUGACUUGGCCUCUACUUCUUGUUAAGAAAAUACAUCUCUUGUUUUAUCAGGUGUGUGUGGUUUCAGCGCAGCAUGGCUGUGGUCAUCCGUUUGCAAGGUCUCCCAAUUGUGGCGGGGACCAUGGACAUUCGCCACUUCUUCUCUGGAUUGACCAUCCCUGAUGGGGGCGUGCAUAUUGUAGGGGGUGAACUGGGUGAGGCUUUCAUCGUUUUUGCCACUGAUGAAGAUGCAAGGCUUGGUAUGAUGCGCACAGGUGGUACAAUUAAAGGGUCAAAAGUAACACUGUUGUUGAGUAGUAAAACAGAAAUGCAGAAUAUGAUUGAACUGAGUCGUAGGCGUUUUGAAACUGCCAACUUAGAUAUACCACCAGCAAAUGCUAGUAGAUCAGGACCACCACCUAGCUCAGGAAUGAGUGGCAGGGUAAAUUUGCCUACAACAGUACCCAACUUUAAUAAUCCUUCACCUAGUGUAGUUACUGCUGCCACUUCUGUUCAUGAAAGCAACAAAAAUAUACAGACAUUUUCCACAGCCAGCAUAGGAACGGCUCCUCCAAAUAUGGGGGCUUCCUUUGGGAGCCCAACGUUUAGCUCAACCAUUCCGAGCACAGCCUCUCCAAUGAACACAGUCCCACCACCACCAAUUCCUCCAAUCCCAGCGAUGCCAUCUUUGCCACCAAUGCCAUCCAUUCCCCCAAUACCAGUUCCUCCUCCAGUACCUACAUUGCCUCCUGUGCCUCCUGUGCCCCCAAUCCCCCCAGUCCCUUCUGUGCCACCUAUGACCCCACUGCCACCCAUGUCGGGCAUGCCACCCUUGAACCCACCACCUGUGGCUCCUCUACCUGCUGGAAUGAAUGGCUCUGGAGCACCUGUGAAUCUGAACAAUAACCUGAACCCUGUGUUUCUGGGUCCAUUGAAUCCUGUUAACCCUAUCCAGAUGAACUCUCAAAGCAGUGUGAAACCACUUCCUAUCAACCCUGAUGACCUGUAUGUCAGUGUGCAUGGAAUGCCCUUUUCUGCAAUGGAAAAUGAUGUCAGAGAUUUUUUCCAUGGGCUCCGUGUUGAUGCAGUGCAUUUGUUGAAAGAUCAUGUAGGUCGAAAUAAUGGGAAUGGAUUGGUUAAGUUUCUCUCUCCUCAAGAUACAUUUGAAGCUUUGAAACGAAACAGAAUGCUGAUGAUUCAACGCUAUGUGGAAGUGAGUCCUGCCACAGAGAGACAGUGGGUAGCUGCUGGAGGCCAUAUCACUUUUAAGCAAAGUAUAGGACCUUCUGGACAAACCCAUCCCCCUCCUCAGACACUUCCCAGGUCAAAAUCGCCCAAUGGGCAGAAAAGGUCAAGGUCAAGAUCACCACAUGAGGCUGGUUUUUGUGUUUACUUGAAAGGGUUACCAUUCGAAGCGGAAAACAAGCAUGUCAUUGAUUUUUUUAAGAAGUUGGAUAUUGUGGAAGAUAGUAUUUAUAUCGCUUAUGGACCCAAUGGGAAAGCAACUGGUGAAGGCUUCGUAGAGUUCAGGAAUGAGGCUGACUAUAAGGCUGCUCUGUGUCGUCAUAAACAAUACAUGGGCAAUCGCUUUAUUCAAGUUCAUCCAAUUACUAAGAAAGGUAUGCUAGAAAAGAUAGAUAUGAUUCGAAAGAGACUGCAGAACUUCAGCUAUGACCAGAGAGAAAUGAUGUUAAAUCCGGAGGGGGAUGUCAGCUCAGCCAAAGUCUGUGCCCACAUAACAAAUAUUCCAUUCAGCAUUACCAAGAUGGAUGUUCUUCAGUUCCUGGAAGGAAUCCCAGUGGAUGAGAAUGCUGUACAUGUUCUUGUUGAUAGCAAUGGGCAAGGUCUAGGACAGGCAUUGGUUCAGUUUAAAAGUGAAGAUGAUGCACGUAAGUCUGAACGCUUACACCGUAAAAAACUUAAUGGGAGAGAAGCUUUUGUUCAUGUAGUCACUGUAGAAGAUAUGAGAGAGAUUGAGAAAAAUCCCCCUGCCCAAGGAAAAAAGGGGUUAAAGAUGCCUGUGCCAGGUAAUCCUGCAGUUCCAGGAAUGCCCAGUGUGGGAAUGCCCAGUGCCGGAAUGCCCAGUGCGGGAAUGCCCAGUGCGGGAAUGCCCAGUGCUGGAAUGCCCAGUGCGGGAAUGCCCAGUGCGGGAAUGCCCAGUGCUGGAAUGCCCAGUGCGGGAAUGCCUAGUGCAGGAGGUGAAGAGCAUGCCUUCCUGACUGUAGGAUCUAAGGAGGCCAACAAUGGGCCUCCAUUUAACUUUCCUGGUAAUUUUGGUGGGUCAAAUGCCUUUGGGCCACCACUCCCUCCUCCAGGAUUAGGAGGAGCCUUUGGUGAUACUAGGCCUGGUAUGCCUUCAGUUGGAAAUAGUGGUUUGCCUGGUCUAGGACUGGAUGUUCCAGGUUUUGGAGGUGGACCAAAUAAUUUAAGUGGACCAGGAUUUGGAGGGGGCCCUCAGAAUUUUGGAAAUGGCCCUGCUGGCUUAGGGGGCCCCCCUGGCUUUGGAAGUGGCCCUCCUGGUCUUGGAAGUGCCCCUGGGCAUUUGGGUGGGCCGCCAGCCUUUGGGCCUGGGCCUGGGCCUGGGCCUGGCCCAAUCCACAUUGGUGGUCCCCCUGGCUUUGGAUCUAGUUCUGGAAAACCAGGGCCAACAGUAAUUAAAGUGCAGAAUAUGCCCUUCACUGUGUCUAUUGAUGAGAUUUUAGAUUUCUUUUAUGGCUAUCAAGUGAUCCCAGGCUCAGUGUGUUUAAAAUACAAUGAAAAAGGUAUGCCCACAGGAGAAGCCAUGGUGGCCUUUGAAUCUCGGGAUGAAGCCACAGCUGCUGUCAUUGAUUUAAAUGACAGACCUAUAGGCUCAAGGAAAGUAAAACUUGUAUUAGGGUAGCUGUUCACAUAAAUCCUUUAUAGGGUAGAUCUUCAUAGUGCUGUGAUUAAUGCAUCCAGAUUGUUUUCCUAGUAUUUCCAGGUUAGAACCUGUGGAUUGUUUCAAUUGCAUAUAGAUUGGUUUUCAUAACAUAGAGCAUUGGUUGACUGUUUACAGAAGACUCACUACCGGGAUAAACAUUGCUGUAUGUUACAGUAAAGCUGUCUGGAGAGAACACAAAAAUGAUUUUGGCAUACCGUUAGAGAAACCAUUUGUAAAACUCAAAUGACCACGUAAAGCUUAUCAAGGAGUCUAGAUUGGUUUUGUUUUAUACCAUAUGGGAUGAAGAAAAUAGAAAUGUUAAUAGAGCUCAUUCAGGGUGCUCUUGCCAGCUGCUGAAAAAUGAAAGUUGGCUACUCUUGGAAUUUGGUUUAAAGCUGGACGGAUUUGCUUUGUUAUAGGGUCAAAGCUUUGUCUAAAGUCCUUAUUUUCUUUUAAAAUUGAAUAAAAUCUCUGUAUACAGAUUCACUGUAUGUACCUUUAUUGCUUCUUGAGGGUUCUUGCUGUACAGACAGUCCUGCUUCUGAAGUUGCUGCUUUGUUUGCGUAAUUGACUCAUUUGUAAAUGAGCAAAACUGUUGUUGUUUUUUUAAUAUAAAACUCCACACUUGGUUUGUGCUAAACCUGAAACUUUGAUUUCUAAUGUCACGGUUAAAACUGUGUGCAAUAAGACUUUUGCCACAAAAAUAAAAUAUGGAGUACUCUACCUACCAGAGCCUUUUUGGUUUGACCGCCAAGUUUUAGUUGUCAGUUUUAAAAUUGUUCAUAUUGUUUGGAUGGCAUCAAAAACCAGAAAUCACUUUUAAUAAUCAUUGUUUAAGAUGCUUGAUUCGAAGUCCUGUCUAUGAUGGACUAAUGUUCUGGCAAUUUCCUUCUGUCCCAAUUUAUGUGAAAUUUUGGCCUGUAACUAAACCAAGAGGGCCCAUUCAUAAGAAAGCAUUAUUUUAUCUAGGUUUUUAAAACUGAGGUUGAAAUUGUUAGCUUUGUUAGCAAUAGUGUUAUAGAAUAAAAGAUCCAUAAACUGGUCCGUAGAUUGGUAUGCACUUAAUCCUGUUACUUGGAGGCUUUUUGGUCUAGUUGUUUGAUCAGGACCCUGUUUACAAAAAUUCUUCAUACAGAGUGUAAAUGCAGCUGCCAGAGGGGAGAGAAUUGAGACUCCUUGCCCUUUCAUACUCUCUUCUUUGGCAUUCAGGACACUAAGGCAGGAGGACCACAUGGGUUCUGGUUGGUAAGUG